CACCGGCGGCGAUUCUCAUCUUUUUAUUUAUCGGCGAUUGACUGCGUUUAUUAUUUUUUUCUGCGAACAGUGGACGUAAACUGUAGGCGUGACGUGCAGUGUGCAGUGAUUAGGUGUUGUGUGUGUUGCCGUGCAGUGAUACAAGUGCACGGAGACAAUUUUUCUUCUGCCUGUUUUUUUUCUUUUAUUUAUUUUUUUUUUCGUCGGAAGUAACAUCCGCGCGGUUUGUCGACUAUCCCUCUGACGACCCAGCACCGCCGCACAGGAGCAGUGUUCGACGGUUUGCACGGCGGCAGCCAUGGACAAAGACGCGGACGGCGCCCGGGGCGCGGACAAGCUGGGCGACGGUUCGGCUGCCGCCGCUGCCGCUGCCGCCGCCGCCGCCACCUCGCUGCUCGACGCAGCUAGUCUCUUCGCCUACUGGCCCAGAGGCGACUCAGCCGCCGCUGCCGCCGCCGCCGCUUCAGGGGGCGCGGCGUGGUGGACGAUGGCGUCUCACCUGGCGGCGCAGGACUAUCUGGCGCGGCUGCAGGCCGUGGCCGGAGCGUCGGCGGCCGGCACGCUGCCCUUCGGCGGGCUGGGCCCG